AUGGGUAACCAAGGUAACCAAGUGGAGGCUGGAGGCUGGAACCCAGUGUUCCGAAAAAGACAGAUGGGUAACCAAGGUAACAGAUCAGUGGAGAAGGGGUUGUACACCAUCUUUGUGGAUGAGCUUCCAGACUCAAUGACUCCUAGGAGCCUGUUCACUCUGUUUAAUAAUUUUGGAGUAGUCAAGGAUGCUUUCAUCCCAGCAAAAAGAAGGAAAGCAACGGGAUCUAGGUUUGGUUUUGUGAGAUACGAUUGCAAUGUUGCUGCUGAAAUGGCGGUGCUGAAGACGGAUGGCCUGUGGUGUGACAACAAGGCAUUGAAAGUGAAAGAGGCAGAGUUCAAAAAAGGUGAGAUCAAGCGACCUGCAAUGGUAACCAGAGGAAACGAUCGGAUGAUGCAGCGUCAACAGAGGGGUCUCGUGCAACAAGGGCUGGAAAGUGUAGGCAGAAGAUCCUUUGCAGAAGUAGUACAGAAUGGAGGUAGUGCUGGAAAGGCAAAACGUACUGUCAAAGCAUAUGAAACUGGAAAUGGGUGGCUUUAUGACAGUAUAAUAGUCAAACUCAAAUCUAUUCUAUCAUUCAAUGAGUUUAAGGAGGAGGUUGCUAGAAGAGGUGCAAAGGAUGUAACAGUUAGAGCUGGGGGAGGAAGGCUAGCUGUGAUAACCUUCAGUUCACAACAACACAAAAAGGAAGCAAGGCAAAAGAUUGAAAAGUGGUUGGUUCACUGGUGCGAUUUUGCUACAGAUUGGGAGAAAGGAAUUUACAUUGCACAAGAAAGAUGUGUGUGGAUAACAUGUGCAGGUGUUCCAUUCAACUUGUGGAAUGUUACUACAUUCAGUGACAUAGGCAAGGUGUGGGGUGAGGUUGUUCAGAUAGGUGAAGAUAUUCUCAGUCAGAGUUCGUUUCAGAGUGGGAAGGUAAGAAUAAUCACCAAUCGACUGGAGUUCAUAAAUGAGGUGAUCAAUGUCGAAUGUAAUGGAAAUAUUUUCCCAGUUAGAGUGUGUGAAGAACUCCCAGCAGCAGUACAACCAUGCCAUUGCAAUAGCUUUUGCUUCGACAAUGUGGGCACUGAAUCUAUGGGUCAAGAGGAAGUAGAUCAGCUGUCAAAAAAUGGUGGAGAGGACAUGGUGGGGAGAGUUUUAGGGGCAAAAGAGAAGAGUAAUGAGUGGCUCUCUGCAUCAGCCGUAAAAGAAACUGGGGGUGCCAUGGGGACUCUGAAUGUCAGCGAGGUAGGUAGGGAGGCUAACCAGGUGCAUGUGGUAAUUCCAAGAAAUGAAAUUCAAAUUGUUGAUGGGCCUAUAUGCAACCCUGAGAAAAUCCCAAGCUCUAGUGGACCUGAGAGUCCAAGGCCCAAGGUAAACUUAGAGGUAAUUUUGAAAGUUCCUCAGGCUGGGGUAUUGGCAGAUGGGCCCAUAACAGAACCCUCAAAUCUAAGUGAUUGUAUAGCCCAAACUCAUUUUAGGCCUCAUGAUCUGCUUCCAGCCGCAGGAAAAGUGAUAGAAAUAGGAACAACAUCAAGGAAGGGGCAGAGUACAAAACCAGAAAUGAGCAGUAGAAAGAAGAAAUGA